UCGAAUCAGACAAGUGCGAUUUCCAAGUCCGAUAUUAACCAAAGGGAUUUUCAAUUUUUGCCAAGAUUUUUGAAGAAAAUUAUGCUGUUUCGCGUUCGUGUUUCGUGAAGGUCAGCGCUUUGGCUGAACGUGAAGGCACCGCAGGUUGUUUUGAUUGUUCGAUUAAAGGAGCAGCGAAAAUACUCGGAACUGUUAAUUAUGAUGACGUCAAAAUAAAAUAAAUAGUGAAUCAAUUUUAUUUUCAAUUUUUCUAAGAAAAAAAAUAUUAGUAGUGUGUAACUCGUGUCUAUUAAAUAUAUGUGUGUGUCGUAUUUAAAAAUACUUUUUACAACAAAAAAUCAAGUUUUUCGUGCAUUCUGACCAAAAAAUAGAAGAAAAAUCAAAUAAAACUCGAAACGAGCAGAAAAACUUUAAAUUUUAUCGAAAAAAUUUUAAAAUUAUCGUGCUUUUGGUGUUGUUCAAAUGAUAAAAAUACUCGGCAGUAGUAGAUAAUACUUGAAAAAAAGAGCAAAGGACUACAAAAAAAAAGUUAAAAAUAAUCAUCGGAGAAUUUGGGAGUGUAACAUUCAUUAAGCACACAGUGGCGUCAUAUACAGAAAUUCAGACUAAAUCAUAACAAUGGCUACGAUAGACGGCAGACCGGCUCAAUAUGGGGUGACCCUCAAGCAAUUGAGGGAGCUCAUGGAACACCGAGGGAGAGAAGGCAUAGCGAAACUCAAUGAGCUGGGCGGCGUACAAGAAUUAUGUAAAAAAUUAUAUACAUCAGCGACAGAGGGAUUAAGUGGGUCAAGAGAGGACAUGGAACACAGGGCAGAUACAUUUGGCUCCAAUGUAAUACCACCGAAACCACCGAAAACCUUUAUGCAAUUAGUUUGGGAAGCGCUUCAAGACGUUACACUUAUUAUAUUAGAAGUAGCUGCAUUAGUAUCCCUUGGUUUAUCAUUUUACUCACCUGCCGACGAGGAAGGGCCUGCUGCGUUAGACGAUGAAGACGAUCAUCAUGGCUGGAUUGAGGGUCUCGCUAUUUUAAUAUCUGUGAUUGUUGUUGUGUUGGUUACUGCAUUCAAUGAUUAUUCUAAAGAAAGACAAUUUCGUGGCUUACAAAAUCGUAUCGAGGGCGAACAUAAAUUCUCCGUUAUACGGCGCGGCGAAGUGAUGCAGAUAUCUGUCGGCGAUAUCGUGGUUGGCGACAUUUGUCAGAUCAAAUAUGGUGACUUGCUGCCAGCUGAUGGCUGUUUAAUACAAAGCAAUGAUCUAAAGAUUGACGAAUCAUCUCUAACCGGCGAAUCAGAUCACGUGAAGAAAGGCGAAAGCUUCGAUCCCAUGGUCUUGUCAGGCACACACGUCAUGGAAGGCAGCGGCAAGAUGCUCGUUACCGCUGUCGGUGUCAACUCACAAGCUGGCAUCAUCUUUACGUUGUUAGGCGCCGCCGUUGACGAACAAGAAGCUGAAAUCAAGAAAGCCAAGAAAGAAGCCAAAAAGCAGAGGAAAAAGAAGAGUUUAUCAGGCGAAGAUGCGGCAGGAAAUAUGGGCAACAGUCAUUUGGCGGCUCCGAGUAAAGUUGUGAGCGACAGCGAAACGGAGAAUCAUGUUGCGUCGUCGGCGCCAGCGGCGGAAGCGGGAGCCAAGAAGGAAAAAUCCGUGUUGCAGGCGAAACUGACAAAGUUGGCCAUUCAAAUUGGUUAUGCGGGAUCGACAAUUGCCGUGUUGACGGUUUUGAUUCUCAUCAUACAGUUUUGCGUGCAAACGUUUGUCAUUGAAGGAAAACCAUGGAAGAACUAUUAUGCAAAUAAUUUCGUUAAACAUUUGAUUAUUGGUGUCACUGUUCUCGUUGUUGCUGUUCCCGAAGGUUUGCCCCUCGCUGUUACGCUAUCGUUGGCCUAUUCUGUUAAAAAAAUGAUGAAAGAUAAUAAUCUCGUAAGACAUUUAGAUGCUUGCGAAACUAUGGGUAAUGCCACUGCCAUUUGUUCUGAUAAAACCGGUACCCUAACCACAAAUCGAAUGACCGUCGUUCAAUCAUAUAUUUGCGAAAAAUUAUGUAAAUGUACGCCCAAGUUUAGCGAUAUCCCCUCAAAUGUCGGCAAUUUGAUUAUCGAAGGCAUUUCUGUCAACUCUGCAUACACAUCGCGUUUGAUGCCUGGCUUAAAUCCCGGAGAUUUAGCACAACAAGUUGGCAACAAGACGGAAUGCGCGUUGCUUGGCUUCGUCGAGGGCCUUAAGCAAAGCUAUCAAGCCGUUCGAGAUGAUCAUCCGGAGGAAUCGUUUACGCGCGUUUAUACCUUCAACUCUGUGCGUAAAUCCAUGAGUACCGUCAUCCCUCGACCCGGAGGCGGAUAUCGUCUUUACACGAAGGGUGCAUCCGAAAUUAUUCUUAAAAAAUGCGCUUUUAUCUAUGGACACGAUGGUGUUCUCGAAAAAUUCACACGUGACAUGCAAGAUCGUUUAGUGCAACAGGUCAUUGAGCCAAUGGCUUGCGAUGGAUUACGUACCAUCUCGGUAGCGUAUCGCGAUUUUGUACCCGGAAAGGCGGCAAUUAAUGAAGUUCAUAUCGAUAAUGAACCAAAUUGGGAUGACGAAGAAAAUAUUACGAGCAAUUUAACAUGUUUGUGUGUUGUUGGUAUUGAGGAUCCGGUCCGUCCUGAGGUACCUGACGCAAUCAAAAAAUGCCAGAAAGCUGGCAUCACUGUCAGAAUGGUUACAGGCGAUAACAUUAACACAGCUCGAUCGAUCGCUGUCAAGUGCGGCAUCAUCAAGCCAACUGAUGAUUUCCUCAUUUUAGAAGGAAAAGAAUUCAAUCGACGAAUUCGUGAUAGUUCCGGUGAUGUUCAACAACAUCUCUUAGAUAAAGUAUGGCCAAAAUUACGUGUGUUAGCUCGUUCAUCGCCUACAGACAAAUAUACCUUAGUAAAAGGUAUCAUUGAUAGCAAAGUAAGUGAGAAUCGAGAAGUUGUUGCAGUAACUGGUGACGGCACAAACGACGGACCUGCCCUGAAAAAGGCUGACGUUGGCUUUGCCAUGGGUAUCGCAGGCACUGACGUCGCCAAAGAGGCAUCCGAUAUUAUUUUGACUGAUGAUAAUUUCAGUAGUAUUGUUAAAGCCGUUAUGUGGGGUCGUAAUGUUUAUGAUUCGAUUGCCAAAUUUUUGCAAUUUCAACUGACUGUUAAUGUAGUUGCUGUAAUUGUUGCAUUUAUUGGUGCUUGUGCUGUACAGGAUUCACCAUUGAAGGCUGUGCAAAUGUUAUGGGUAAAUCUUAUUAUGGAUACAUUAGCAUCACUUGCAUUAGCAACAGAAAUGCCAACGCCAGAUCUAUUACUUAGAAAGCCAUAUGGUCGUACGAAACCAUUAAUAUCACGCACAAUGAUGAAAAAUAUCUUGGGCCAAGCAAUUUAUCAACUUACCGUAAUCUUUGGUUUAUUAUUUGCCGGCGACAUCUUGCUCGAUGUCGAAUCUGGGCGAGGACAGGAAUUAAAUGCGGGACCGACACAACAUUUUACCGUCAUUUUUAAUUCGUUCGUAUUCAUGACGCUCUUCAAUGAGUUUAAUGCGCGUAAAAUUCACGGUCAGCGCAACAUUUUCGAGGGCAUCUUCACAAAUCCCAUCUUUUAUUCAAUCUGGAUUACCACUGUAGUGUCGCAGGUAGUCAUUGUUCAAUACGGUAAAAUGGCGUUUUCGACCAAAGCUUUAACAUUAGAACAAUGGUUAUGGUGUUUGUUGUUCGGAGUCGGUACACUACUAUGGGGACAAAUUGUUACAACAGUGCCUACCAAAAAAUUGCCCAAAAUUCUAUCUUGGGGCCGUGGACAUCCAGAUGAAUAUGCCGAGACAUUGGCUUUGGAAGGUGACGCCUAUGACUCUAUGGAAGAUAAGAAACCACGUGCUGGACAAAUCCUAUGGAUUCGUGGCUUGACUCGGCUACAAACCCAGUUGCGUGUUAUUCGGGCAUUUAGAUCUAACUUGGAAGAUUUGGAGGAGCGACGAUCUGUGCACAGUCUACGUAGUUCGCGUAGCCAUACCGGUGCCCCAGGACACCAAUUGAGUUUGUUGCAUCCGUUGUUAGUGGCGCGUUCGCCAACAUCUGUUCUGCCACAUAACUUACCUGAUAUUUCAUUUAUUGAUGAAGAUCCGGCGGAAGCUGGCUCAAAUGCAUCACGUAACGGUGUCAAUGCAGACUUGACAAAGCCUGUGCAAGAGACACGCAUUUAAGCGUUUUUUCUAUUAAUUUUUGACUUUUUUCGAUAAAUUUUUUUUUUUCACUAAAUGAAAUAUCAGUUUUUUAUUAAUAUAAUUAUUAAUAUAUAUUAUAUAGAAAUUCAUAUAAAUAUAUAUAGAUGUUGACUAAUAUAAUUUACAGUUACACGUAACAGUAAGUAAUAUAGAGUUAAAGUUAAAAAAAUAACAUUAAAGAUAGAAAAAAAUAUUUAGAAGGCAAUGUACUUCUCUUUUUUCAAUAUUUUCAUAAUAAUUUUUAAAUACUACACAAGUUUAAAGCACAUCAGUA